CUCAUAACGAAAUUUCUCAUAUCAACCGUCACUUGUUUGGGUUUACUGUUUUCUGCUUAAUUCAAACUCCUCGGAGGCGAAUUUUGUAUAAUUUCCAAAGUUUGACUUGAUUGUAAGUCUAAGUAACUUGUUCUUUAGAGAUGGCGACUAAAGGAGAAAAGCGGAUUAAUCUCAGCAAAGAUGACCUUCUGAAAUUAACGAACGAGGAAUUAGCCGAAAAUGUCCUACGAUUGCAAGCCAGCAACACACAAUUAAGAAACCUAUUGAAAAAGCACACAGAAGAGAGCACGGUGAAUUCAUCAUGCAGCCCUAAGAAGAGACCGUUUGACUUCACUAAGCAUAAAAGACGACAUAUUCUUCUGAGGAUCCUUUACCUUGGAUGGGAUUAUCAAGGAUAUGCCACACAAGAAGACACAAUGAACACAAUUGAACACCAUCUCUUUGCUGCUCUCACUAAAGCUUGUUUGAUUGAAAAUAGGCAGACAAGUAACUAUCAUCGUUGUGGUCGAACAGACAAAGGAGUUAGCUCAUUUGGUCAGGUUAUAUCUAUUGAUGUCAGAAGUAAAUUAAAGGAGGAUUAUUCAUUGAGCACUGAUACUGCCAAUGAAAUACCAUACUGUAAAAUUUUAAACCGCUUAUUGCCCGAUGAGAUUAGGGCAGUUGCUUGGCGGCCUGCCCCUCCUGAGUUUAGUGCCCGAUUUGACUGUGUUCAACGGACUUACAAAUAUUAUUUUCCAAGGGGCAACUUAAAUCUUGAAGCAAUGGAUAAAGCUGCAAAGUAUAUCUUAGGCUCACAUGACUUUCGUAAUCUGUGUAAAAUGGAUGUAGGAAAUGGUGUUGUAAAUUAUGUGAGAGAAGUAAGAAGUGUAGACAUCCAACCUUGCAGUCAAACCAAAAGCAAUUCUCAGUUUGAUAUGAUGGUCCUUACACUUGUUGGGUCGGCAUUUCUAUGGCAUCAAGUGCGUUGUUUGGUUGCCAUUCUUCUUUUGGUCGGUCAAGGAUAUGAGCAGCCAGAAAUAAUGCUACAACUUCUUGACAUAGAUGCAAAUCCUAGGAAGCCUCAAUACAGUCUGGCAAGUGAAGUGCCUUUAAACCUAUUUCAUUGCCAGUACCCAUUCGAUGAUUCAUCAUGGCUUACUGACAUUGAAACUCUGGAUGAAGUGCAUAGCACCCUUCAGAAAAUGUGGACAUUUUCUUCAAUUAAGACCAAUAUGUUGAAUGAUAUUUUGGACCAGAUAACUAAAUUAAGAACAGAACAAGAAUUCAGUUUUGAUGUAAGUGAAACCUUAAUACAAGGAGUAAAAUCAAAAAUCUACAAGCCACUUAUGCAAAGGCAAACAUGUGAGAGCCUUGAAAGUCGCUUGCAACACUAUUCAAAGAAAAGGAAACUGGACGAGUGUUCAGAAAAUACUUCUGUUGAAGCUGCUGCUGUUGUGCCAAAAGUUGAAAACUAGAAAUUAAUUUUUCUUUCUUAAGAUGAACUGCAUGACAAAAUUUACUUGGUACAAGCUAAAACUGGUUAGGAAAAAGACCAUUUAUUCAAUUUAUUUUGUUACAAACUCAUCAGUUUGUCAAGAGAGACAAUAUCAAUAAAUUUGAUAAAAUGCUCUCAUGAAA